AUGGCUGGAUUGUGGCAGCAGCUCAGCUCCCUGUGGCAGGGUCGAGCUCUGGUUCUCCUCCACCUCAUCGGUCUUCUUUACCCACCCUCGGGUGCUCUUACCUGGGAUACCCAAGCCAGGCCACCCCCUCUGAAGGAGUUUCAGGUGGUGAAGGGGAAUUUCUCCAGAAGUUUCCUUCAUGUUGGCUACCAUAAGAUUACAGAGAUUCCUGCAGGAGCAUGCAACAUCAGCAUACAGGAGACAAUAAAGGGCCGAAACUACCUGGCUGUGCAGACCCAAAGUGGUGUCUCCAUCAUCAAUGGCAACUGGGUGAUUGACAGGCCAGGGAUCUUCACUGCUGUGGGAACACAGCUGACGUACCAGAGACCCAAUGAAAUCCGCUCUCGCAAUGGAGAGUCCAUCACUGCACCAGGGCCGCUGACUGAGGACUUGCAUGUUUUUUUGAUCUACCAGCAACCAGGUCCCAAAGUAUACUAUGAAUACGUUGUGCUUUUACAAAACAUACAACCCACUCCUGAGCCAGAUACACCUUCUGAUAUUCUGCCCCUGGCCGAGACAGCAGGCACAUCCCACUCAGGUGAGAAGGACCACCAGGAAGACCUGUCCAACAAUGACAUCAUCAAAGAGAAACCCCACCCUAACCAGGUUCCCUCUGAGCCCAGCGUGAACGCUGACCCUCGGCCCACCUACACCUGGACAAACAGUGGCCACACAGAGUGCAGCUCGACCUGUGGAACUGAUUCUCAGGCGACUGUUCCUGCUGACCUCUGCGACCCUGCCCUUCAACCAACAAACCAGGAAGAAGACUGCAAUACCCAGUUCUGUCCUGCAUACUUUGAUUUUGGGGAGUGGUCAGAGUGCAGCAGGAGGUGUGGACCCGGCACUCAGCACCGCCAGGUCAUCUGCCGCCACGUCACUCACGUUCAUGCCAACGGGACGGAGACCUCGGUUACUGUGGCACAAGAGCUGUGUGGGUCGUCUGAUAGGCCGGUGACCAAGUCUACAUGUCAGCUGAAGAUUUGCAGCCAGUGGGAGAUACGAUCUGAGUGGAGCCCGUGUUCAGUGCCAUGUGGGGUGGGCCAGCGCAGCAGGAAGGUGGUGUGUGUGAGCAACCAGGGUGAUGUGGAGGAGGAUGAGGAGUGCAACAUGAACCUAAAGCCAGACACACUUCAGAACUGUGACAUGGGAGCGUGUGCACGCAGCUGGUUCACCUCCCUCUGGAGCCAACGGUGUUCUGCAGAGUGUGGUCGAGGUGAUCGAACACGGGCGGCAGUGUGCCUGAUAGAUCAUGUGACUGAUCUCCCAUUGGACAGCUGCGAAGGUGAACGCCCACCCGAAGUGUCAUUGUGUGACUCAGGCCCCUGCCAGAACCGCCUGGAGUGGUUCACUGGACCCUGGGGUCAGUGUUCUGCAGAGUGCGGGAAUGGCACACAGACCCGGAGUGUAGCUUGUAUUUUCAACAACGAUAGUAGUAUGGAGGUUGCGGACCAGAUCAAAUGUUCCAGUCUCUCUCAGCCAAUCACAGCUCAGCCCUGCAGCCUGAAGCCAUGCGGCGUCCAGUGGUAUGUCACAGAGUGGAGUGCGUGUUCAAGCUCCUGCUACGGUGGCUACCGUGUGCGUGAGGUGCGUUGCCUUGCCGACAACAUUUCCCCAAGCGAGCGCUGUGACCCCAGUUUGACCCCAGAGAGCCGAGAAGAAUGCAACAAACAUCCUUGCGUAGCUGAGAUAAAUCCAUCAUGCAGCGACCAGUAUCAUAACUGUGUGGUGGUGGUUCAAGCCCGACUCUGUGUGUACCCUUACUACAGAAGUGUCUGCUGCACCUCCUGCUCCCGUACCCAGAAAACAUACCCCAACUCCUUUCAAAAGAACCACAUCCGCAGGUGA